AUGUCCGAUGAUUAUGACCAUCAGCAUGAUGCAACCCAGACAUCCCGUGCUCGGCCCGCAAUCUGCCGACCCCCGCCGCUCACCGGGUCCUCCCACGCCCCCGACCUUUCUGCCGCCACCAUGCCCGACGCCCCCGCCACCCACACUCUCCCUCCCACUUCCGACGCCGUCGUCGACAGCCUCUGCGACCUCGUUUCCUCCUCCUACCUCAACCACGACCCUACCGUUGUCCACAUCCACGCCGGCGCCCUGUUUGCCCGUCUCAAAGCCCUCAACCGCGCUGCCAAUACUGUCACCCGCGCACACAAGCAAACUACUGCAGAUGCCCGCCAUGACAUGGAUCAGACCCACCUUUGGCUACAAAACCUGCUGUACGAGAAGCGUCAUCUAGAGCGGGAGAUUGACAAGUGUCGCCAGUUCGCCUCGGUGUACCAGGACAUCCCGCUCUACUCUGUAGAGGAAUUUACUCAGCUUGCUCCAGAGGAGGCACGAACCCCGGAUGUUUUGGCGGACGAACACCAACUGAUGCUGAAUCGUCUUAGCUUUGAACUCGCCGAAAGGCAAAGGUUAGAGCAGAGGCAUAAGGAGCUCAUGAAAGAGAAGGAAGAUCUACUCAAGGAGAGCAAGACCAAGUUCACCACUAUGGACAAUGUCAAGGCUCAGAUUGACUCUUUAAUCAAGACUGCGACCGAAGUUCAGAAGAAAGUCAGUGACUUGGUACAGCCAAUACAGCCUGUUGAGGCAACACCAGCACCAAGCUGA